AUGUACAGCUUUGCAAUUAGAUUCUUUUUCAUUUGUUUUGUUGUGAACCUCAUGGUAUCAUCCAGUUAUGGAUUCCGGAACAGAGGUUAUGGAAAUAAACACAGUAAGGAACUCCAAGUAAAUCAGGCUGCACCUAUGGGCACAGGGAAUGAUGUAUCUCCAUCUAGUCCCGCUACAAUUAAAAGAGGUCUUGGAAUCUCUGCUUGGGGUCUAAUCACACUUAUUAUUUCUAUUAUAUUAGCAAUGGCUGGAAUGUAUUAUUUUUCAAUUUGUUACCCUGUACUUUGUAAGAAGCCUAGAAAGUAUGACAUAAUUGGAUCACCAACUAUAGCCUAA